AUGUGUUACGUGGUAGGGGAGGGCAUGAACUUUAUCAGGGAUAUUGCAGGAUUAGAUAGAGAGACAUACAAGAUUUGGGUGUCAAAAUCUUCUAAUGCACAGGGCUGCACCCCCUAUUACCCACUGCAGGGAUGGCUGUUUCCUCCAGUCCCCAUCUUGAGGAUUGUGUUCAGGGUGGGGUCUGGGUGUGGUAGCUCCCUCAAGGGGAAGGGUCAUGAAGGGGCUGCAUCCCUCAGCAUAAAAUCAUAUGGGUUGAUAGGGGUUGGGGGUGACAGCCCCUGCCAGGAGAGUUGCAGGGAGUUGUGCUCCCAGCUUCCAGAAACCCCUGUAGACACAGCCGAGGACAAUGCCCUCCUUCGUACAGAGGACCUGCCACAAUUCGAACAACUCACUCCAGAGAAAUGCUGGACAGGCAUUGGCAAGCUGGCACUGGAGUAUGAAUCUGGAGUUUGGGCAGUGGAAGAGAAAGCCAAAAAAAUGAAAGAACCUAAAACAUUUAAGAACAUAGUAGAAGAGUUGGACAAACUGGAGUCUCCUCUGAAUACGGCAUGGAGCACUGUGAAGACAUUGUACACCGUCAAGAAUAAUGAGAUGAACACCAAUACGUACUUGAAAAUUCACGAACGAGCACGCAAGGCUAGAGUGCAUAAAUUCCAGAGCCUUCCCAUCUAUGAGGCUUGUAAGGAUAUUUAUGUAAAUGACUCAAAUCUAGACGAGGCACAGAGACGCGUUGUGCGUAAAUUUCUUCUUGAGGCGCGAUUGAAUGGGAUUGAAUUACCAGCUGAGAAAACCCCCUUGUUUGCAGAGACGCUCAAGAAACUAGAAGAUCAAAAAAAUGAAUUUAGGAAAAAAGUUGCUAUAGAAUAUGAUCCCCAUAUGAAAAUAGAAAAAUUAAUUCUUGUUGCAGAAAUAUUUAUGACAGAGUCAACAAAUAGGUUCUCAUAUAGGAUCACUGAUUCAAGUCUCGUCAGAGAAUUCCCAGUUGAUCUCCUGAAGAACAUGGUCACGAUAUCACCAGGGCCAUGGGAUAUUGUUCUUCAUCCUCAUGUUUAUGACAGCUUUUUGGAGCAUUGCCCGCUAACUGAUCUACGGCGCAACACAUACAGGGCAUUCAACAUGAGGGCAUCAAAUCAUAUAAGUAAAGAUGUAAACAACAGCCUUCAUCUGGAAGAAAUUCGAUCAUUAAGGAGUGAACAAGCUAAGAUUUUAGGGUAUGAAAACUUUGCUCAGAUGUCCAUGGAGACCAAGAUGGCAGGAAGUGUAGAGAAUGUGAUGUCAAUGAUUACCAGCUUGUUAGCUAAAGCACGGAAGGCUCAGGACAAGGAAAUAGCCAGUCUGCAAGAGUUUGCAGAGGAGAGAGGUUUUGAAGGAAAACUGGAGGCAUGGGAUGUGCCAUACUGGAGAAGGAAGCACAAGCGUCAUGUAUUCAACUUUGAUGAGGCUCAGCUCCAAGAAUAUUUUCCAUUUGAGCACGUGCUGGUGAAGCUUCUGGAGAUCAGUUCAGAGCUCUUUGGCAUAUCCUUCGAAGAAGUCCCAAGUGGAGAGGUUUCCACUUGGCACCCAGACGUACGGUUUUUCCAAGUGACAGAUGCUAAUGGGGAAUACCUUUCGUCAUUCUACCUGGACCCUUAUAGCAGACCUGGUGAGAAGCUUUACACUCGAAUUGGUUCUGCAUGGAUGCUUGGUUGUCGCAGUCGAUCUGAGGUUGCAGGGACGUCACCCAUUGCAAACUUGGUGUUCAACUUCAGGCCUCCUGCCUCUGAGGACCAACCUGUCUUACUUACUUUUGAUGAUGUUAAUUUACUGUUCCAAAAGUUUGGACAUGCUCUUCAGCACCUGCUUACAAGAGUUCCCUACAGCGAGGCAUCAGGAUUAACUAACAUUGAAUGGGAUGCUGUAGAAGUGUGCUCAAAUUUCAUGCAAAAUUGGCUGUACCAACCAGAAGUUUUGGAACGCGUGAGCUGCCACUUUGACUCCGGCUUGCCAUUAAGUGGGUCAAGCAUAAAGGAGAUCAUAGCCAGUCGCAACCACAUGGCAGGCUUCGACAUUUGUUCAGAACUCUACAUUGCCCAUCUUGAUAUUCAACUUCAUUCAUGCAAAGACUUCUGGCUAGAUGUAUCGCGCGAGUUGUGGGACAAGUACCGCCCCUUCGUAUUAGACAAGUAUGAUGCUCAUCCCUGUUCAAACACCACCAUCAUGGCUGACGUCUGGGCUGCUGCCUAUUACUCACACAUUUGGUCACGUAUGGUAGCGGCAGAUGCUUUCCAGGCAUUCAAGGAGUCCGGUGAAGAGCAUGAGGUCAUUGGAAAGAGGUUUUGUGAUACUUUCUUGGCACUAGGAGGAGGAUGCCAUCCAGGUGAAGUGUUCCGCAGGUUUAGAGGCCGUGACCAUCGCCAGAUGCCCUUCAGGUUCUCUCCGGAUUGGUUAAACACAAAGAACAGUGCCUGGCAGACACUGACUGUUGCCAUACUCACAGGGUUGCUGGUGACUGUCAGGGUCAUCAGUUGA